AGCAAACACAUUCGGACAACGAUGUCUGUUCUGGUUGAGACUGGAGGGCGACUCCCUGAGGUGGCCUUGCUGCCAUCAACAGCGCUGUGGUAGUGGCGUGCUUGUCAUAAGCGAAGGGGCCAACCACCGGAGCUACUAAUACUGUGCAUACCCUUUUCAUUUCGGUUUUCUUCUUAUUUGUGUUACCGAGUACGAAGUGAGUGCACUACUAAAGCUGCGGGUAACUGGAGCAAACCACUGAACUUAAGCCAUACUUUCCAAGAAUGUGACCACCCGUAGAUAUUUCUACACUUUUGGAUAAUAACCCUGCGCUGUGUCUUUAACCCGUGAGUCUGAGGCAGUCAGUCCCUCCCAGUGAUACAGCGUCAUGAAUGGGAAUAACGCCAGUGAGGAUGACCCCUCCAACGUGCAGCUCAUCACGUUCGGGAGGAGAGACCCCAUGGCGUCCCUGGAGAGGAACCAGCGGGCUGGCAGCAGAGAGUACGACAAUCCCUGGAGGCAGUCGCCCCUCUACAAGAACGGGAUGAAUGAGUCAAUGAUGUCAUCAUCAGAAAGAGAGCGCUUCUUGCCACCAGUCAAGUUAGACCCCGGCUGGGACAGUGUGGCCAACAACGUGGUGGACAAGUCCAGCAGUCUCUCACAGAGGAUACAGGAGAUGGAGAGGAAUCCACCUGUGGACAGGUUUCGUGUUGUCUACAUUGUGAUGAUGGUACAUGGCAUUGCCAUCCUUAUUCCAUGGAAUAUGUUCAUUAAUGCAAAGUCUUAUUUUGAAAACUACAAGCUUGACCAGGGUAACCAGUCGUCAGAGGCCUUGCUGGACUACAAAACCAACUUCAUGAGUUACAUUGGUAUGGCUUCACAGUACCCCAACUUCAUUAUGAACCUCGUCAACAUUUUUGUGCAGUGUGGCGGGAAUACACUGGGCAUCCGUGUAUUGUCUGGCAUCACCAUCACAGUUGUUAUGUUCAUUGUGACAGUUGUGUUGGCCAUGAUUGAUACUUCAGGAUGGCCAGAAACCUUCUUCUGGAUAACCAUGGCUACAGCUAUUGUUAUAAAUGCUGCUGUUGGGAUCUACCAAAACAGCAUGUAUGGUUUAGCUGCCGUUCUGCCCAUGAAAUACACAAAUGCUGUAAUUUUUGGGAAUAAUAUUUCAGGGACUUUGGUCGCCAUCACCAACAUUAUUGUGUUAGUUUUGGCUCCAAGUAAACGCACAUCAGCAAUCUACUAUUUUGUGGUGGCUAUUGUCAUACUGAUGGUUGCAUUUGAUGCGUACUUUGUGACUGCCCAUUCGAGGUUUUAUCGUCACUAUGUUAAACUGGCAGAACUCAAAGAUAAAGAAUCUAUGGAAAAGGCAGGCGGACACAGUAACACCCCCUUCUAUGUGAUCCUGUUCCGAAGCUUUGGCAGGGUUUUUAAAAAGAUUUAUCACUUAAUGUUUGGAGUGUGGUUCGUUUUUUUCAUCACCCUAGCCUUGUUUCCAGCCGUGAUGAGUGAUGUAAAGCCACUGAAUAUUGACAUGGAUGGUGAAUACUGGUCAGCCAUUUUUUGUUUCCUCUGCUUUAACUUCUUUGCCACAAUUGGAAACCUUACCACGGAGUUCAUCAAAUGGCCAAAUGCCCGCUGGGUGAAUGUGCUGAUCAUUCUGCGAGUGGUUUUUGUGCCUCUGAUGAUCCUGGGCAACUUCCGACCUGAGCUUCGUACAGUGCCGGUGUAUAUCACCCAUGAUGCUGUGUUCAUUGCCUCUGGUUUUCUCUCCUCCCUCCCCAGCGGCUAUUGCAGCAGUUUGUAUUUUGAAAACUACAAGCUUGACCAGGGUAACCAGUCGUCAGAGGCCUUGCUGGACUACAAAACCAACUUCAUGAGUUACAUUGGUAUGGCUUCACAGUACCCCAACUUCAUUAUGAACCUCGUCAACAUUUUUGUGCAGUGUGGCGGGAAUACACUGGGCAUCCGUGUAUUGUCUGGCAUCACCAUCACAGUUGUUAUGUUCAUUGUGACAGUUGUGUUGGCCAUGAUUGAUACUUCAGGAUGGCCAGAAACCUUCUUCUGGAUAACCAUGGCUACAGCUAUUGUUAUAAAUGCUGCUGUUGGGAUCUACCAAAACAGCAUGUAUGGUUUAGCUGCCGUUCUGCCCAUGAAAUACACAAAUGCUGUAAUUUUUGGGAAUAAUAUUUCAGGGACUUUGGUCGCCAUCACCAACAUUAUUGUGUUAGUUUUGGCUCCAAGUAAACGCACAUCAGCAAUCUACUAUUUUGUGGUGGCUAUUGUCAUACUGAUGGUUGCAUUUGAUGCGUACUUUGUGACUGCCCAUUCGAGGUUUUAUCGUCACUAUGUUAAACUGGCAGAACUCAAAGAUAAAGAAUCUAUGGAAAAGGCAGGCGGACACAGUAACACCCCCUUCUAUGUGAUCCUGUUCCGAAGCUUUGGCAGGGUUUUUAAAAAGAUUUAUCACUUAAUGUUUGGAGUGUGGUUCGUUUUUUUCAUCACCCUAGCCUUGUUUCCAGCCGUGAUGAGUGAUGUAAAGCCACUGAAUAUUGACAUGGAUGGUGAAUACUGGUCAGCCAUUUUUUGUUUCCUCUGCUUUAACUUCUUUGCCACAAUUGGAAACCUUACCACGGAGUUCAUCAAAUGGCCAAAUGCCCGCUGGGUGAAUGUGCUGAUCAUUCUGCGAGUGGUUUUUGUGCCUCUGAUGAUCCUGGGCAACUUCCGACCUGAGCUUCGUACAGUGCCGGUGUAUAUCACCCAUGAUGCUGUGUUCAUUGCCUCUGGUGUUCUCUUCUCCUUCACCAGCGGCUAUUGCAGCAGUUUGGUCAUGAUGUACGCUCCCAAACAAGUGGCCCCCUCUGAUGCCCCCAUUGCUGGUAUGGUGAUGGCUCUCUUCCUUGUCUUUGGCAUCUUGUGUGGUGUCAACUUCUCAAGAGUCUGGGACCUCAUCAUUAAGCUUGGCUGAUCAGAAUACAAAACUGACCCUGACACAAGAUGUUAUUAUGAAAGUUAACUAUGCUGAUGGGGGAAACAGCUAAAGUAGCUGUUUCAAACAUUUUUUUUCCAUGCUGGUUUGGCAGAUUUUUAAUGCAUAUUCUUAUAACCUUUUUGCUCGACCUAUUAUCCCCUUAGCUACAGCAUGAUUUCUGCUUUAUUAGACCUAAUGGAAAGGUUACUGUGUCAAUAGUAUUAGUGUUGUUGUUGGAACCCUUUACCCUUGAUUCUGUUAAUUUGUACAUAAUUACAUAGUACUGAUUUGAAGCUUGCGGUUUAGAGUUGCUGUCAGUGGUAUAUUGGAUCAAUAUUCUAUAAAUAUAUAUUUUUUAAAUUAAUAGAAUCAUGCACAAGGUGGAAAUGUUUUGUUCCACAAUCUUUUACCUCUUACAAUAAUUUCUUUCUUUUUUUUUAAAAAUACAGUAGUCUCCGCCUAAGAUCCCGGUGCUCGGGAGCAAGGAAA